AUGGUCUCCGCUAUUCACGAACAGCGAGAAAUCAUCUUGGAUACCAUUAAAUCAAUAACUAGAGGAGAAUGGAAGGUGCUGGUCAUCGAUGAAUUUACUAAGAAGAUAAUCGACAAUGUCGUCAAGGAAGAUGACAUUCUCAACGAGAAUAUUGCGAAUAUUGAGAGGAUCGAGGACAAGAGGGAAAUGAACCCGGACAUGGACGCCAUAUACCUCCUGUCGCCACAACCACAUAUUGUUGAUUGCCUCCUAGCAGACUUCGAACGCAGGAGAUACAGAAAGUCUUUUCUAGUUUGGACAGCUUUGCUCGAUCCUCAGAUGCGACGGCGUCUCGAUGUCUCGAGACAGGUACAAGAGCAGAUGGCAGGCUUCGAGACUCUUUCAAUUGACUAUUUUCCCCGGGAGUCGCAUCUGAUCACAUUCCGAGAUCCUUGGAGUUUCCCCAUUCUUUAUCACCCAGCGUGCAAUAGUCUCGUUCGGGACCAUAUGCAAACCCUUGCUCAAAAGAUCACUGGCAUUUGUGUCUCACUGGGAGAGUACCCGAAAGUUCGCUUCUACAGACCUCGAAAUCCAAAUCACGAAGCCAGCGUUCUCUGUACCCACUUGGCCAAAUUUGUUCAGGACGAGCUCGAUGCAUAUGCGAAAUUCAAUCAAAACUUUCCGCCUCCUUCCUCGCGACCACAGGGCAUUCUCGUGAUUACAGACAGGGCGAUGGACAUUAUGGCGCCUCUCAUUCACGAAUUUACAUACCAAGCUAUGGCCCAUGAUCUAUUGCCAAUCAGAGAGGGAGACAAGGUCUUUUACAAAACAGUCGUUAACGAGGGAACAGCGCAACAAGAAGAAAAGGAUAUGGAGAUUGGCGAAAAGGAUAGGAUUUGGGUCAACAACAGACAUAGUCACAUGAAAGACACAAUCGAAAAAUUGAUGGGCGACUUCCAAAAGUUCAUCAACGAGAACCCCAAUUUCACGAAUGCGGAUGCAGAUGCGACCAGUUUGAAUGCAAUCAAAGAUAUGCUAGCUGGGUUACCGCAAUUCCAGGAAAUGAAAGAGGCGUACUCAUUGCAUUUGAGCAUGGCUCAGGAAUGCAUGAACAUAUUCCAGCACCGGAAACUCCCAGACAUUGCUUCGGUGGAACAGUCACUAGCGACCGGGCUAGAUGAAGAUUUCCGUAAACCGAAGAAUCUAGCUGAUCAGGUUGUACGACUGCUUGAUGAUGAAAACAUCGGAUCAGCAGACAGAUUACGCUUAGUCAUGCUUUAUAUUAUCUAUCGAGAUGGUAUGAUUCAAGAUGAUAUCCAGCGGCUCCUGGCACAUGCAGCACUUCCCCCCCAAGAUGCUGAAGCCAUUGCAAACCUCGACCUUAUUGGCGCACACACGUCGAAAGCAAAUCUCAGGGAAGUAAGGCCUCCAACACAGCCUUUAUUUCCUCGGAAAACAGCGCCAACUGCUCAAAAUGAAGAGUAUGCCCUCUCACGAUUUGAGCCAGCUGUAAAAUUGAUGCUCGAGGAGAUCACGAAAGGGACCCUGGACCAGACAACAUUUCCAUACAUUCGACCGCCUCUUGACAAUUCCGAGGAACUCGCAGCUCAAUCUCAAGCAUCUCUCAGAAGCGCAAAGCCAACAUGGGCUCGAAAUCGCAUGUCAACCGUAGAAAAUAGGCAGAGAAUCAUUGUAUUCAUGGCUGGAGGUGCCACAUAUUCAGAGUCUCGGGCAUGCUAUGAAGUUUCGAGGACAACUGGCAAAGAUAUUUUUCUUGCUACAAGUCAUAUGGUAAAUCCAGCGCUCUAUGUGAGGCAGAUUGGGGAUUUGAGUGAAGAUCGGAGAAGACUGGAUUUGCCAGUAGACAGACCAAAACCCAAAGCCCCAUCGCAUCUCUUUGUACGAAAUGAUCCUCUACCAGCAGCUAUUCCAGCAGGGUCAGGUAGGCCAGGAGUAAUAGGCCUUCCUGGUGGUCCAGGGAGACCUGGCCAAAUGCCAAGAAAUCCAGGGCCUCCGGCUCCUCCACAAAAGAACCCCUCGUACAGUAACACCAAUGCUUACGAUAGAACCGCACCACAACCACCGACCGCUGGACUAGCUGCCAUGAGCAUGAAUUCAGGGACCGGACGGCCGAUUCCCUUGAAUGGGUCGAACGGACCCGAUGUGACGCCUAGCAAGGGCAAGUUGGAAAAAAAGAGCAAACACAAGGAAGAGGGCGGAGAGAAGAAGAAGCGAGGAUUCUUCAGUAGCAAGAAGUAA